AUGCCCAUUCUCACCGGAUCAUGUAUCUGUCGGAACAUCGAAUAUGAGUUGCGCCUUGCUUCGAACGAUGAGGCGCGGACAUCACUCUGUCACUGCCGUAACUGUAAGGAUGCUGUCAAAGACCGGUUUCGCUACAUCUGUGUUGGAUCCUUGGAUGACCCCGAGGCAUUACCUCCCAAGGGAGAGUUCUUCUGUAACGCUCGGGCGAGCUGGAUGCCAGAGAUUCCUGAUAUCUUCCAUAAGCAGGGGAUUAAGGAGUAA